AUGGACAUGAAUUCCUCAGGUGGUGCCUCCGGUUGGCUUUAUGAUUAUGGCUUUGAUAUCCCUGUUGCUGGUGCGGACUUCAUGGCUGCAGCAGACUCUGGAGGUUUCAGUUGGGGGCCUCAAAGUCACACCUUAAAGGGUCCUCCUUCAAAUAUUAGCUUGGAAAUGGAAUACUCACUGGAUUCAACUGUCCUGGAGAAUGGUCCUUCAAAGCGGUUAAGGACCGAAUCAUGUGGAUCUGGCUCCAAGGCAUGUCGCGAAAAAUUGCGAAGGGAUAAACUGAAUGAGAGGUUUCUGGAAUUGAGUUCUAUCUUAGAGCCUGGUAGGCCGCCCAAAGCAGACAAAGUUGCAAUAUUAAGUGAUGCUGCUCGAGUGGUAGUGCAAUUGAGAAAUGAAGCCGAGAAGCUGAAGGAAAUGAAUGAUGAAUUACAGGCAAAAGUUAAAGAGUUGAAGUCUGAGAAGAAUGAGCUUCGUGAUGAGAAGAAUAUGCUGAAGGAAGAGAAAGAAAAAUUGGAGCAGCAAGUAAAACUGAAAAAUAUACAGCAUAGCUUCCUCCCUCAAGCCCCAGCUGCUAAAGGACAAGUUGGUAGCCAUAAGCUGAUACCUUUAAUUGGCUACCCUGGAAUUGCUAUGUGGCAGUUUAUGUCCCCUGCUGUAGUUGAUACAUCAAAGGAUCAUCUGCUUCGACCUCCAGUUGCAUGA